ACAUGGCGGCCAAAAGAAAGACAUGAAGUGUGACUUGAUCCAACAUUAUGGGACUUCUAGUCCCUAAAACUACGUGUUCCACCUAUUUUUAUAAGAAUAUCAACACUUUUGGUAGCUCUACAGGGUUGUAGCUGGUUUGAACAAUUAAAUGUGCAAUUUUCUAGACGUAUACAUUGAAAAACUUAGAAAACGAAUUGUGCAAGAGGAUAUAUAGCACGAGAUAAACCAUGGGCUCUCUUGCUAAAGGUGAAAUAACUCCUGUACAGCAAAUGGUUGCAUCUGGUUCUGGAGCAAUAGUUACUUCUCUUUUUAUGACACCACUGGACGUGGUGAAAACCAGACUGCAGGCUCAAGCAAAGCAAAUCACUCAAAGUGAGUUUAAUCGAUGUUAUAUAUUUUGUAAUGGUCUGAUGGACCACUUGUGCCUAUGCUCUGUUCUUGAAUCAUCUUACGGUAUCAACAGACCUCCCAUGCAGUUCAAAAGUACUUUGGAUGCCUUUAUAAAGAUUCCCAGAUUCGAAGGAAUUACUUCUUUAUGGAGAGGGCUGCCACCGACAUUAGUGAUGGCAGUUCCAAAUACUAUGAUAUACUUUACCCUCUAUGAUCAUCUUAAAGUGUAUUAUGGUUUCAAGAGUGGAGAGAUGAAUAUCUGGUCACCAAUCCUAAGUGGCAGCACUGCAAGAACCAUCUCAGUGACAGUGAUUUCACCCAUUGAACUGAUCAGAACGAAGUUGCAGUCAAGAAGUGGUUACAGAUAUAGUGAAUUAGGCACUGUUAUAAGAAAUGCCAUCCAACAAGGUGGCGUGCUAUCAUUAUGGCAGGGACUUGGUCCAACCUUAUUAAGAGACUUGCCUUUUUCAGCUUUCUAUUGGUUUGGCUAUGAAUUCCUGCGAAGCAACGUUCCAGAACCUGGCUUCUGGUCAUCGUUUUUUUGUGGUGCUGGUUCAGGACUGGUUGCAGCGGUAAUGACUCAACCAUUUGAUGUGGUCAAAACUCACAGACAGAUAGAACUGGGAGAACUAGAGUUCAAAUCUCAAAAAAGACUAUCAUUCACUGCCUCGAUAUUAAUAAAACUGUACAGAGAGAAGGGAAUAUCAAGUUUGUUUGCAGGUAUUGCACCAAGAAUGGUCAAAGUACCGCCUGCAUGUGCAAUAAUGAUCAGCAUCUACGAAUUUGGCAAGAAUUUUUUCACGAAUUACAAUAAAAAGAAUAAGAGUACCACACAACUAAAACAAGUCGUCGAUUAAAGAGGAGGAGGGCCAAGUAUAGUGAGCUACAGGAAAAGAUAGUAAAGUAUAGGUACCGUAUGAAGGUAACAUGUGGCAAUGGUAUUUAUAUCUUAUGUUUGGAACGUAGUAGUUAUUUAGAGGAAUUCUUGGUUUUUCAAGAAGGUAAUACUGUUGGUAUGAGUGCUUUGAAAGUAAAGUAACUCGUCCAUGUACGAUGGCAAAUUAGGGAAAAGAAGGGACACAGUGGUGACGUACGAGGCAGCCUUCUUGGUAUAUAUGGGAUACCCCAGGUACUGCCAUAAAUCACGUGGUCGAUGGUUUGUUUUCACAAAAUCGACGAUGAAUAUUUCCGUAUAUAAUUGUAAUUUUACAAAUAAAUGCAAUAAAGACGUUUAGUGAUAGAAAAUCGGAAAAUAA